GCCACAAUUACUCGAUCAUAAUUCCUACCCUCGAAUUGGAAGUGUUGGAAAGGGGAAUAUAGGAGAAAUGAUGAAGAGGUUACAUUUAGAAAGAUGGAGCAACCAAUUGCUUUCUCAAAAUACUAGAUCGGUUUCUACUUGUCCGAGGCGGCAUGCUCUAGCACAAAAUCUUCUCCCAAGGACGACUUCGAUACCUGCAUAUGUCCGUAUGAAUUCAACAUCUACACUUGCUCCCAAACCAGAAGAGAUCGUUUUUGAAGAUGGCGAACAGCCCGUCGAACCACCAAUUCAACAACCCUCCCCCAAAAAACCCUCUGCGAAAGUAGCAGCUCUCCACGCCCGUCUUUCUCUCCCCUCCAAAUUACCCCUCCAAACACUCGCUCGAACCCUCAUUACCCCCUCCGCAAACAACAACCCAGCUUUCAAUAAUGCAGGACUCUCUCGUAUCGGAGGUGAUCUCCUAAAUUACCACGUCUCCGAACAUCUUAUUUGUACAUAUCCGCGUUUACCAUUGGCCGUGUUCUACGCAAGUGUUUUGGCAUAUAGUGGUCCUGAUACUUUACAUCUGGUUGGAAGAGACUGGGGUGUUCAACCUGCUUUUGCUCCUGGGCAAGAAGUUGAUGUUGGUUUACUGCAAUACAAGCAUUUGUCGCCAAAUGGAGAGGCCAGUUCUACAGGAAAAACCACCAGAAAAGAAGCGCCUUAUUUUAGAAGAGGAAUGGCAUCUAGAGUUGUCUAUGAUGAUGAAUUCGGAGACACAGUCAGGAAAUCGAAUCAAGUCACCAAUCCUCAACCAAUGAACAAUGCCUACGCCUCUUUCGUUAAAGCACUCAUUGGUGCAGUCUAUCUCCAUGCAGGCCGCGCAGCAGCAAAAACAUUCAUCGAACAACAUAUCUUAUCCCGUCACCUGGAUCUCGACAAGUUAUUUCAAUUUUCCCAACCAGUUCGUGAUCUCGCCCGUUUAUGCGCACGCGAAGAUUUCGAAGCACCAGUUGCUAGAAUUUUGAGUGAAACAGGUCGACACUCUCGAAGUCCAGUUUUCGUAGUAGGAAUUUACAGCGGAAGAGAAAAGUUGGGUGAGGCACCAGGUGCAAGUUUGAAUGAGGCGAGAAUUCGAGCUAGUGUUGCGGGACUAAAGUCUUGGUAUCUUUAUAGCCCAGGACGUAGGUCGUUGCCAAGUGAAAUGGAAAUUCCAAGUGGAGGGAAAGAUGGAGUGAAGAGUUGGGAACCAGUGCAUGUGGAUAUUGGAGAGAUUGUUGCUUAAGAGCUCCAAUUGUAUAACGUGGAUGUGUAUACGACGUGUGUCGAUGAAAUGAGCACAUGCAUGGAACGGGAAAAAAGUAGAGGAGAUUCUUACAUUUCUCAUCUUCAUAUUGAUAUAAAUGAGGGGAUAUGAUCAAUGACAUGAUCUAUUGUAUAUUACUAUGCAGUUGCAUAUUGGGUGGGAGAAGAGGGGCAGGUGAUGGUUUACAAAUGCAUUUGGAUGGCGGGACUACAAAAUAAAAGCCAAAAGAUCUGAGAGGGGAAUUGAGCGGACGUGUUGAUACCUACAGAGUAAAUCAGCAGCAAAAGAAAGAAAAAAUAUCAAAAACCAUAUCUAGCUCACUUGAUGAAUACCUAUGUGAUAUACAAAUAGCAUUGUCUCCACACGCACAACGAAGAUUGUUGAUUAUUCCUUUACAAAUGCAGACAGAAAAAGAAUUGAUUGUCCCUCA